AUGUCGGAUUCACCAGACGAAUUUGCAAACUACGACCCUACAACGCCGUACAAGCCUCCGCCGCCGAAGAAACCCGCGCGCCCUUCCCGAGCAAACAACCGUCCUGUGGCCGGUCCAUCGUCCAAACCCCUUGCAGUUCCCAAGAAGAAUGGCCAUUCACGCCAGGCGGAUGUCCCAGAUGACAAGGAGCAGAUAGUCAUCGCAUCAUCAUCGGAGGACGAACUCAAGGCUACCCAGGAAGAAGAGGAGGAAGUCGUUGUAGUUCCUGCGCCACCGAAGAGCAGAACCGCGAGGAAGACUACUGGGCGUAGAACAGCGGCAGUGAAUGGGAGGGGCAAGGCGCCGGCCGCGAAGGGCAAGGCUAAAGCUGCCAGGAGUGCUACUCCGGAAGACGAUCAUAUGGAGGUGGACGACCAACAGGUGACUAGUAUUGAAGAAGACGAAGGGGCAGCUCAACGCAGCACUCACGUGCGCAGUAACUUCAAAGGUACGAAGGUCAACACGUCCGCCCAACGAGCCCACCAGGAAGACUCGUAUCUUCGCGAUUUGGAACAUGUUCAAAAACAGUUGGAAACUGUCAUGUCAGACAGGGACAAGCUUUCUAAACAGCUUGAGGAAUUGUUCCAGGUCAGACACACGGAGCCUGAACAAGCGCUUGAGCAGUGUGUUCAGCAGUACGAAGCGCGUGUCCAGACCCAGGAGACACUAAUCCGCGAGCUAACUUCUCAGUUGGCGAACGUGAAGGCUUUGGCAGGAACGGAGAAGUCUUACAUGCUUCACUUCCUUACGCGAGAAGCUGCGGAUGAGGAGAUGGAGACAGUGCAGAAGGAGAUGACCCGCUGGAAGGACAUCGCGAAACAGAAAGACGCUCAGUUGGCCGCAAAGGAUAAGCGCAUCGCUGAGAUGGAGGCUCAGGAAAAGGUGCUGCGAUCCGAUCUCAACGCUGAGAUAGAAAGAGGGAAGUCCCUUGCGGCGCGAAAUCCGCCCCCAGUUACUCGCCCCCAUGUCAAGGUUGCGGACGAUCCAAAGAACACCGCGGUUCUCAGCUUGUACGAGGACAUGACCAACUUGCUCGUCGUCGGCGUCAAGUUCGAAAAGUCUCCUUACUUGAAUCAUGAUGAGCCCGUUUUCGCUUGUGUAUACACACACCGACAGAAGGGAGAGGACCAGGGUGCGGUACCCAGUCUAAACUUUUCCUUACGCCAUACCUGGGAGCGACCUGACGGUCUCGAGCCAAACGUCGUGAUUACUCGAAAAGAUCAGCUUGAGGACAAGGUCAAGUACCAGCCACUCAUGCUCGAGAACGAAUCACCAAAAUUUGUGGACGCACUCGACUUCUUCAAGGAUCCAUUUAUGUUCUCGCAUGGACAACUGCCAAUAUUCUUGAAAACACUGACUGGCAAGCUAGGGGGUGAUAAGGAAAGUUCAGAGGGAGACCAGCUCGCGGACGAUGAUGAAGAUGAAGAUGAUGACGACGACGACGAUGUGGUCGAAGUGAUACCAGCAUGUCUCAACAACUCAUGUGCAGUACGCAGUCUAUAG